GGGAAAAAUGUACCCUGCGAAGGUAAUAUAUGAAAACCUAAUUGUCCCUCGAAACCUGGACUCAAAUGGAAAGCACACUAACAACAUAUAUGUAUCAGGCUGUCGAGAACGCAAAAAGAAAUGCAGUUCCGGCCAACCUUGUGAGAGAUGCAAUCGUCUAGGCAUUGAGUGUCAUUACUUAAAACCAGCUGCACCUCCGGAUAUCAAUUACGUCGACUUGGUCAACAGCCAGGAAUUGGAAGCACACGUUGACGAGCUCGAGAAUCUAUUGUUUGACAUGGAACAAGAAAUGCAACGACUUCAACAAACGCCACCGCUACGUGAUCGUAUGCCUGUAGUUUGUCGGCCAACAAUGACAAUGAGACAGUAUUCUGAUGAGCUGCCUUCGAUGGGCAGUAAUUGCUCAAGUGGCAGUAGUAGCGGAUCCAGCGUAUCUUCGCCCGGCUCUGUAUCAUCAACAACGCCAUCACUGAAGCCUGCAAAGCUGUCGAUAGUGAAAAGGAGAAAGCAACAGCAUCUUUUUGAUCAGCAGCAGCAGCAACAGCAACAACAACAGCAGCAUCUACCAACAGCUACAAGCGAUUGGCAGCUCAAGAUUGGAAAGCACGGCUUAUGCAUCGAAACUAACAUUCUGUCGUAUGACGACUUGCUGCAUCAAAUCCAAGCUUUUGGAAUUUCCAAGAUGGCAGACGAAGAAUUUUUCUUGCCCAUGCUCAAACAGCCUUCUUCCAGUACUUUGAAUAACUCAAUGCUUCCUCGUUAUGUUCUCAACACACCCAUGCGUCGAGCGCAUUUUCGUGCCAUCAAACAUUGCAUCGCACUCAACGAACAAGAACAAAAACAGCCAAAAGCAGCAGGACUACCGAUUCGAAACAAAGAUGGCGACGACAACAGUGGUCAUGGCGGCGUGCUGCAUUUCAAACAACGGAAAUUCACACAGCAAACUAUAUUGCAUCUGCUCGACGCUUUUUUCCGCUGUCAGUUCUAUCAAAACAUCUGCCUUCACCGCUCCACAUUUUACUCACUCUUUGUCGACCGGGACGACCCAGAAUCCUCACCGGUUGUAUGCGCCAUGGCAGGAGCUAUUCUAACGAUGCGCUGCCACCAUGUCCUGGAGAUUAUCCCUUAUUCACAACAAAUACAUAUCCACACACACUGCAUUGCACGCGCCAAGUAUUUACUUUCGAAUAUAUUCGACGAGCUGUCACUUGAACCUUAUUUGACAUACCUGUUUAUGGCGCUAUACUAUAUCAAUUUGCAACGCCCGAACGAUGCUGUGCGUUACUUUGAACAGAGCGUUCGAAUACGCCAUUUGCUCGCGGCCGAAUACAUGCCCAAAAAAGAUGCCACUGGUCAUACAAACGAACAGGAACUCUUCAAACGCUCGCACAAGGUUCUUUUCCAGAUUGCGCAACGGAUCGAUUUCUUCAACAACCGACGUGGUAUCAUUGUACGCUCCAUGGAAAAGACACGGCAGCAGUCGAGGUCGAUGGUUAGCGAACUGACGCGGUAUGUCAAGCGAAUGGAUUGCUCGCCCGUUCCAUUGCCAGACGAAUCAGCCAAAAUCGCGCGCGCUAUUAAGAAGGAUACGUAUGGUGUCCGACUGCAUAGCGUACUACUACCGUACCUCAAUUUGACCCGCUUCUCAAGCGAUCCGAUCCCUUUGCCGAUGCUGAUAAAGACCGAGGCUGCACUCAAUGAGUAUUAUUUCAAGGAUCUACCCCCGGAAUUCCGACUGUCGCUCAGUAUCUUUGAAAACAAUCUAUCAGACGCAGAGUUUCAACGGCGGCUCAGUAAUGACGACAACUGCGAUUCGACCUCCAUUGCGCUCGCCAUACGAUAUUACCAAGCUGUCAUCAGUAUCCAUGAACCAUUUAUUCCAAUAUUACCGCGUGAAUACAGCCUAAACAACAACAAAACUAUCAAAGAUGCAACAUUAGGGCCGAUAUCAGUCUUGUCGACGGACGAAGACUCGCCUUCUUGUGGAACGUAUGAAGAGGAGGAGCGCGCUAUACAUAGCAUGCGAGCUUUAGAAAUGUGCUACCGGUCGGCUAUUAUCCUAGUACGGCUGUUUGAAUACCUGAUCGUGACGUUGGACACAUGUACAGACAUGCUGAUGCCGUGCUUAUUAAGUGCGUGGGAUGUACAUGUGCGGAAUGCGUGCUUAGGCUUAAUUGAUCCUGAAGAAGCGCAGAAGCAUGUGCCGAUUCGCGUGGUAAAAGCAUCUCGAGAAUAUGUUUUACGUUGCGUUGAUAUUGUUCGAAAAGGAUACCAUUACAAUGCCGCCGACAGGGCCAUGUGGGAGCACCAUCAAAGCAUCGAAAGCGAACUGCUAAAGGCGAUGUUUGCUACUCGGCCUUACACUGCACAAUAUUGGGAUCCAUGGGCACCCACAAAUGCCUGGUAAACUGACAUGCUUUUGCUGCGCACACUAGACCUCAUAUACACUCAAUUUACAUACACCGCAUCCCGCAUCAUCAUCCUCUUUAUCGUUACCUGUAACCUAUGUACAUUUUUUUUGUCUACUUUCAUUCUUUUGUCCCAAUUUAUAUACACUUGUUCUUAAUUUGUUACAUUACCAUUACCCCAAUCGACCCUCACUUGUUCUUUUUGUAAUAUAUAAUGCAUUAAUAGUAAUAAAAGAUA